AUGCUGCGCCACAUCGCCAUUGUCGCCCUCGCGGCGCUGCUCACCGUCCCCACCAUAGCCUCUCAGUCUUUUGACAAUGACGUUCUGGAAGCCGUCAAGGACUAUUUGCUGCCCCGGUGUACGACCCACGGGGUUAGCGUCAUUGACAAUGUCACGAAAACCAAAACCUGCCUUUGCGACAGCGGCUAUGAGGGCCCGGCCUGCGACAUCUACGUGGGCGACAUUGAGUGUUCACAAACGAGCGAUGUGCCUCUCUUUGUUGCAGCCCUUGAAGGUGUCACCACGCUUCGGGGCGAUCUCAUCAUGAAGCGCUACUGCAUCGUGGCCGAGGCCAUCAUUGCAGCCAACCAACUUACCACGAUCGAUGGCAGCGCCUUUAUCUACGACCAAGAGUAUCUUGAGCAAUUUACUGGAGACUGGCCCGAGAACCAUUGGCAGACUGUCACGGGCUGCGUGGCCAUGGCCUACAUCCCCCGAAUCCAGCUCGUUGGCCGCACCGUCUUUUCCGAACUCACCUCGAUCGGCUCAUGCCCACUGAGCAAGGUGCAAAACUUUCUUACACCCAACUACGUGGAGGACUUUGUCAAUCGCUCCACCGCCCCUCGGAUCUCGAUGAUGCUAGUGUCUUUUGGGCGCAGCCUCUACGAAUGCUUUGAAGGAUGCGAUGACAUUACUCUCUUCUCCCACCUGCGCACCAUGCCCGGCGCCUUUUUGCUCGACCUCCCGGCCCGCUACCUCAACGAUGUGCUCGUGGAGCACCUUGGUGGACUUUACAUCCGUGGCAGUCCGGCUCUCAAGGGUCUGGGCAUGCCUCACCUGUCCUCCAUCGGCGAGCACGGUCUGUUCCUUCGCGGGACUGGCUUUGAGACUCUUGACGACUUUGCCGGCGUUCAAACCGUCACUCUGGGCUUUGUCGAAAUUAUGGACAACGAGGACCUCCGCAACGUGCUGGCCUUCAACCCCACCAUUAUCGAGCGCACCGGCACGGUCGGCACCUCUGUUGAAUUUCAGCUCGUAUGCCAGAACGGCUAUCAUUCGGGCUUUCCCGAGACCCAGUGUACCUGCGCCUCGCCCGAGUACUCGGGCGAGCUGUGCGACACCAUCACCGGUGACUUUUUCUGCACGGACUUUGCCCAAGCCGAGACCCUCAACCAGACCCUAGCCAACGUGCGCCACGUGAUUGGCGACAUUCACCUGACUGACACGUGCCUCGAGACAUCCUACCUUCACCUGCCCUACCUCACCAGCAUCGAAGGCAGCCUGUUCGUCAACUCUUUCGGCAUGCCCAUUGUCGAGCCAGGCUUUCCAAGUUUGAAGUCUGUCUCAACUGUGCACAUUGAGUCUGUACCUGCAACCAGCAUCGAUUGGCUGCCCAAGCUUGAGACGGUGGGCUCGCUGAGCAUCCAGAACAAUGACCAGCUCACCAAUUUCUCGGGACUUGCCGCGCUGACCACCAUCGACGGGGCGCUCGAGAUCAUCGUGUGUCCUGUGCUGACCUCAUUCGCCGGCCUUGAUAAUGUGGCGCGCAUUGGUUCGCUCGCCAUCGCCUCAUCGGAUCUUUUGACCAACUUUUCAGCCCUCAACGGCGCCGAGCCGGUGCUUCUGCUCGGUCAAAACUUUGCCCCAGCUCUGAGCAUCGAUGCGUGCGCAGACUGCGAAGCUCUUUGGUCGCAUUUGGUGGAGACGGUCGAGAUUGCUGACGGCGCCAGCGUCAGCGUGCCGUGGUCUAGUUGUGGCGGUUUUGGCACGGUGCCGGCUGGUAGCCUGUCUUGCGCCUGUAACCCAGGCUACACAGACUACAUGUGCACCGGCUACGACGGCGAUGACUUGAUCUGCAACGUGUCGACCGCCACUGACGUCAAGGCGAUGCUUGCUGGCGUCACCCACCUCUACAGCCCUCUAGUCCUUCUCGAAUAUUGUGGCGAUGGCUUCAGCUCUGGACUUUUGGACACGGUGACAUACGCAGCCGCUCUCUACUUUGACGAGUCCACCAAUUACCAGGGCCAGAUCCCGGCGGGACUGGGCUAUGUGAGCAUCUUUGAUACGCUCUUUUCUGACAUGUCGCUCUUUGGUGCAGUCACGCACAUUGACAGCCUGGAGAUUGACAGCAACGAAUACAUGACCACUUUGGAUGGCCUCGAGAGCCUGGAGACAGCGGGCCAGCUCGUGGUUUACAACAAUCCCACACUGACCAACGUGGAUGCGCUCGGCAGCCUCCUCAGCGUCACCGGCGACCUCAUCAUCGUCAACAACGACGUGGACGUCAACGCCAUUGUCUUUGACGUCAACGCCAUCUCCACCAACACCACCCUAGUCACCGGCUAA